AUGAGGUCGACAUUCACAGAUAGGAUGGUUCAAAGACCAUUGACCAAGAAUGAGCUUUGGAGUUCAUGGCCUAUAAGCAAGAUUGAUGGAAUUCAUAGGGUGAUCGAUAAGACUCUUGACCGUACUCUCAGUACCACCAUACCCCGUAUCUACCCCCCUAUCAGAAUUGACCACUCGCUCUCGUCAAACUGCCAACUAAAAUCCCGAAUGGACGUCCGUCGACUCAAACUUCAGAUCAUUCGAGAUGCCCUGAAUGGAUGCAAUGACAUAUCAUCUGAUGACACAUCGAUGGACUUUGAAGAGGCGUGGGACCUCAUGAGAUCCCUACCUUGGUCGGCUAGUUUGUCAAGUCUCGAUAAUCGACUUGAAGAAGCGAUGGGGAAAAACGCCACUGGUAUCAAAGCCGAACGUUCGAUGGAUCUCUCCAAGGCGUUAUAUCAUUUCGCUUUAGGUUGGGUAUACCUGAUUCCCUAUCAUGUGGACGCUCUUGAAGCUUCAUCGAAAGAGAGAAGGGAAUUGGCCAAAGUUGAGAAGCUCUUAUUCACGAAUAUCGCAAUAUGUGCCAAGAGACUAGCCGCUGAACCAGCCCUCGAUACAUCCUCGAAAUAUAAUUUGUGGCGAUUAAGUUAUUGUUCAACCUUGAUCAGUUUGACUUUAUAUUUCGCCAUGACGGCUCAAGAGGUGUAUGACAAUCUUCAAAGUAUUUAUGAGGUAUCUCGAGACUUCAAAGAGAUACCAAAUACACCAUAUGAUUAUGUCACCGGUCGAACGGAAUUCCUCAUUAGGACAAUGGAAGAUUAUCUCCUGGGAAAGCCAAAAGAUCUCCAACUGCGGUAUAUGGAUCACAAGAUACCCUUGAACGAUCGAAGGUUGAUGGAAACCCUGGAAUGGCACAGACUUGAGGGAUGA